AUGAAAGCCUGCUUUUCGAUAUCGUUCUACCUCAUAAUUGCAGUUGCUCACAAACUACACUGCCAAGAAGAAAACAUUGGUGAACGACGCGCGACGCGUUGGGCAGGCUCUUUUGAUUUCUACAUCUUGACCAUUAUUAUGGAGCUUUCCUCUGUCAUCUCACAAAUAGAAAGAUGUCUUAAUCAACACCUUCGUCUGUCGACUGAAAAAGUCAACUGCCAUUCUGUCAUGGAAAAUUGGUCUGAAAUGAUACACCAACUAAAGAGUCUUCAAAAUUUGAUUUCAGAACAUACUCUAAGCAAUGAGUUGAGCUCUCAGAUCGAAAGUCUGAUUGAAGAAGAUCAUACUUUGGAGGAACAAAUUGAAAGCAGUAUGAAAGAAUUGACUUCAAUUUAUGAUACCACCCUUCCUCAAAAUAACAAUCAAAAAACUAAAAGGACAGUAGACGCUAAUACCCUUCUUGAAUAUGGCCGACGGCUAUCUAAAUUUUCAUCGGCACCUCCUGGUUACAACCCAGAAACGGGUCAAGAUGCCAAAGCUCCUGUCCAUUAUCCUUGGCCAUCCGAAGAUCAAAUGCGAAAGACAAGUCUUUUCCAAUACUCUACAAGCUUGAUAGCCCAUCCGUCUGCAAACGCUUCUCAAAUCUUCAACGAGUUGGAGGAAACCUCUGCUCUGAGCAAAGAAGAUGCCGCUGCUGCCGCUUCUCCAAGCAAGAAAGCUAAAAAUGCUGUUGACUAUCCAAUGUCUCCUACGUUUACGAAUGCCGCUGGACAAGCUGAAGCCCAAGGAGAAGAAUUCAUGCCUUCUAGUAAAGACAUUUUUGCAGACUUUGACUUGUUUGAUCCAGAAAUGGAAGAAGAUACCUAG